AUGGCUGACUCGUCACAACCCAUACCCGUUGUUGUCUGCGGCAAAGCAGAAGUUGUCGGAAAACCAGUCAUCGACGGAUUGAAGCCCGAAUACGAUGUGAUUCUCCUUUGCCUCGGUAGCCAACCAACGGCCGCUGAAUUGCCUUACAUCCUCCAAGGCCGCGCGCCCCCCACGCAAAGCAGCUACCUAGGCUCGGGCCUGUACUCCACACCCCCCGUCGCCGUAAUCAUGGGCACAAUCUGGGGCGCCUCCGACGUAACCCUAGUGCAAGAAGCAAUGCGCAGCGUCGGCGUCCCUUCCUCCAGAAAAUACCCAGUUAUCAUGCGUAACGACAACAGCAUCCCCGCGCCUAAGCCGCCAGCACCCGAGUACGCGGUCCAGCUCAUCCGACGCAUGCGCGAGUGUCUCGGUAAGAUAACCCGGGGCGAGCAUAUUGAUGGGCCUGGUGAGGAGGGUGUGGUUUGGUACUAG